UUUGUGCACGUGAGAAUGGUCUACCGUGCACGUGCAAGUUAAACUUAUCCGGGCUAUAUAUCCGGGAUGUGUGUGUGAAGUGGACCCAAAAAAAAAUUUGCACGGUGACUGGUCACUGGUCGGGACUCCGAGGCUAAUACAAAUUCGUUUUCUAGUCACGACUGUCACACAGUUAGUGUUGUGUGUGUGGACUAGUAGACGAUGAUGCAGGACGAGAAUUCUUCAUCUCAACGCUGCUCUUGUCUGACGAGAAUUAGCAAUGCGAUCGAGCACGCCCUCGAGACGUUCUUCUACAAGCUCGGCGAGAAGGUCGGUGCUUAUCCCGUACGGACCAUCGUCAUCAUGUUCAUCGUCGCGUUCGUCUGUAUGGCCGGUCUCUCGCGUUUUCGUCAAGAGAGUCGACCCAACAAGCUGUGGGUUCCGAGAAAUGCCGAGGCACUCGAUCAGAAGGAAUGGGUCGGGAGAGUCUUUCCCGAAACAGCUCGCUAUGGCUUCUUGAUCGUCACUCCAACGAAGGGAGAAAAUGUUCUUACACCUGCUGUGUUGAAGGAGCUCUACGACCUGCAUGUGUCAAUUGUUAACAUUACGGCACCGGGAAGCACUUUUUUCAGGAGCACAAUACCACUUGGGAGCAGCUCUGCUUUAGGCGUAACCUGAGACGUUGCUGGAUUUCUAGCAUUCUGGAGUUGUGGGAGUUUGAUAGAGACAGAAUCUAUGGUCUGACAUCCCAUGAUAUAUUGUCAGAACUGAACAAAAACAAUCUUACUGAGUAGGUACUUGAUUGAUUUCUAUUAUGGUGGGCACAGGUGUAUAGAUAUUUUGUAUGUAAGCGUUUGAUUGUUGGUCUUUAGUUUGUGUCUGUUGCAUCUUGUUUGCUUUCUGUCUGUCUGUCGAUCUCAUUUGUGUGUUUGUGUUUGUUCUUGCAUUUCAUCUGUUUGUCUGUCUCUCUGUUUGUCUGUCUGUCUGUCUGUCUGUCGAAUACAUAUAUUUUCAUAAAUCAGUACUAUUACAAGCUUAGCUAUAUGAUGAUCUAAACUAAAUUACUAAAACUACACAAACAAAAAGACCCUUAGGCCCUACACAAACAAUGAUUUAAUAAUUUGCAACUGUCUCUAUCAAUGACAACUAAGGAACAAAAAGCUAAAUAUGUCUGUCUGUCUUCUUGAUAACAUGGAUGGAUGGAUGGACAUCACGACAUGCAUGGCCACCAUAGAAGACACCCAGUGGUGACGCGAGGUAAAGUUACGUGUAAUCCAUGAUGACAAUGUUGAUACAGUAGAGUAGACUAUACGGGUAGAGGAAG